AUGUCCCAACCCACGAGCAGAAACAAACGUCAGAGGACAAACUCAGACGCUCCCGAAUCAGAAAACGAUGUUCCCAAUCCGAUUAAGCAGGACGACGAGUUCUGGUUCGAGGAUGGCAACAUCGUUCUCAUCGCGCGCGACGUCGAGUUUCGCGUCUACAAAGGGAUACUCGCUAAACACUCUCCCGUGUUUGCGGACAUGUUCUCUCUCCCUCCCGUACCCGCCCAGGUUCAUCCGGUGUCAGCGCGAGACAUAACACCGACCGCCGACACCUGCCCCGUGGUCCAUCUAUGCGAAUCCCCCGAAGAUCUCAGGCACGUUCUGCGGAUGUGCAUGUCCGACACGAGCUUGAGCUCAAGUCCCCUCUCCGCAGGCACGCCGUCAUUCCACAUGAUCUCCGCCGUGAUCCGGAUCGCGCACAAGUACGAGAUGGCAGAAAUGCUCGCGCAGGCCGUAAAAUUCCUCAAGCAGCGCUUCCCGACCAGCUUCAGGGCGUAUGAAAAGCUCUCCGUCACCGCUCGUGUCCAGAUGAACCCCAUCGGCGUCGUCAAUCUCGCCCGUCUGAUCGACGAGCCGUCGCUGCUCCCGACCGCGUUCCUCGACUGCUGCCUACUCGCUUCUUCCGAGCUCCUGCGCGGAUACAAACACGAGGACGGCUCUGUCGAGACGCUCACCCAAGAGGACCUCCUUCGCUGUCUCAACGCGCGUGAAGAGCUCGCCAAGUACACCCUCAUCAUCGUCACGAGCGUCUUCCUCCCCUCCGUGUCGGACGCGUGCGCCGAUCCGACGGACUGCGCGGAGGUACUGAUGGAUAUGCUGAGCGACGUACGAGACCACGGGGACCGCCUCGCACGACCGGAGUUGGCCAUCUCCUUCCUGACGCCGUACAAGAACUAUAUUCCGCGGUGUUGCAGCAGCUGCCAGGAGAUGUUGCGGGUACGCGAUAGAGACGAACGCUACGAGGUGUGGAACGAGCUGCCAGAGAUGAUGAAUGUCGCUUCCAAUAUCAAGUGCUGGGAAUGAUGAUGGUCAUGCCUACCGCAUGGGCGCGGUCAAUAGGAUAGCGCAGACGAGCAUGUUUAAAGCAAGCCUCGACACCAUCUCACGCCAGCCAACUAUAUGCAUACCCUUCCCAUGUUGUACUCCUCUGCGUGUAUCGAUAUCUCCUAUGUAUGUGCGUGUUCUUUCAACAGGC